AGAAUCUUCAGACGAUUGCCGAUCGAAAUUCAAGCUGAUCGCAUUGCUAGUAGUGAUAAUCGUUUAUCAGAAUGUGCUGUGCUGAUUGACUCCACCUUCGACGUCGGGGAAUUGUCACCGGGAAUCCCCGACAUUGUCUGAACUUCGGUGGAAAUCAACUGUGGUGCUGAAUCGGAGAAAUGCUCAACUAAAUGUUCACUGGAAAGAAAUCUGAACCGUGUGAUGAGGUCUCCAGGACGAAUUCGGCUUCGAAGAUGGUCGUGAGAGGAUCUACGAGGAUGAAUUCGGAUAUAAAUGUCGCAAAAUGGGGCAAAUUUUCGACCACCGGAUCAGACGCGUUGGCUCUGACACUGCACUCACUUAGCAGUGAUUUUUACUACAACAGCGAUGAAUCACCGGUGCCGUUGAAGGUUUACGACCCCAGUCUGGCGCAUGGAAAAUCGGUGCGUAGAUCUCCUAGGUUCACGAUGGGGGAAUCUAUUAUUACCACAAAAGGCGCGUCUAAAAAUAAAAGUGUCCUUGGAGAAAGAGUAGAAGGAAGUUCUUCUGGGAGAUCAUCGCGAUUAUCUUCUUCAACUGCGUUAAUUGUUGGUACAUUGGAUCGUCAGCGAAGUCCAAAAAGUAAAGCUCUUCCGAGAAGGCGCCUACGAAGGUCGCCGAGAUUAUCUCCCGUGACGUCACAUGCGGAGAAUGCCGGUAGUAACAAAUUGAAAAGGCUUCCGCAAAAAUGCUUAAGAAGAUCACCGAGGUUGUCCCCAAUACCUUCAUGUCCUCAGAUCGAAUGGGAAGGUCUUCACACCAGGGUGAAGGGAGAAAGGACUACGGAUGGACCAAAAUUGAAGAGGAUUAAGUCGUGUGUGGAGGAGUUAAAUUCUAAUGUGGUGACUGAGAAGUGCACAAAGAAGUCUUCUGCUCGUGUUCAACAUGGUAAUGGCAAUUGUGAAAAAUUAGCAGUCCCUGCUCUAUCUUCUGCGGAGACUGUAAAAGACGACUUCAUUCCAAAUGGAGACACCGCAAGACCGUGUGGAUUAGAGUUUCACGUACGCAAGAAGGAAGACAGUGAAGUCAAAUCUACUUCAAUUAGGACACAUGAUAAAAAGGCGGCAUCAGUGGGCAACAUUGAUUUUGGGUACAACAAGGCACCACCAGUAAGGUGCAAGACUAGUGUGUCCUCUACUAAGCAACAGUCCUCUACUAAGAAACAGAGAAAGCUAAAAAGAGCAUCCUUCUUUGUUGGGGAGCCAGUUCCUGAGGAUGAAGCUCAAGAAAGGUGGCAUUGGCGCUACGAAUUGAAGGGUCAAAGACGGAAGGGACAGAGCUGGAUACUAAAUGCUGGUGAAGAGGACGAACUGCAUUUGAAUGUCAUGUGUCAUUACCUUCAAGCUAAUGUUGAUGGAUGCAUUUACCGUCUUGGAGAUUGUGCACGCAUAAAGGGUGAAGGAAAGAGAGAACAUGUUGGCAGGAUCGUAGAAUUUUUCAAAACAUCCGAUGAUGAGAAUUACUUUAGAGUACAGUGGUUUUUCAGAGCUGAGGACACGGUCAUGAAACAAGCUGCUGCUUUUCAUGAGAAGAAGCGCUUAUUCUCCUCCACAUUAAUGAACGACAACUUAUUAGAUUGUAUACUUUCUAAAGUGAAAAUAACAGAAAAGGCUCCCGCGCUAGGUUUGCAAUCAGCUAUUCAGCCAUCUGAAUAUUAUUGUGAUAUGGAAUAUUCUGUGAAAUAUUCAACAUUCCGCUCCUUGGCGACUGCUACAAACAGUUUGGUAGCAAGAUGUGAUUUGACCUUGCCAAGUAGCCUUGAUGCUAACAAUGUGACCAUAACUACAACUCCAUUAGAGUUAAGUAGUUGUGAACCGUACAAAGCUGAACUGGCAUUAUUAGAUCUCUAUGCUGGUUGUGGUGGAAUGUCAACUGGACUGUGUCUUGGUGCCAAAAUUUCUGGUGUUAAACUUGUAACGAGAUGGGCAAUUGAUUAUCACAAGUCCGCAUGUGACAGCUUCAAACAAAAUCAUCCAGAAACACAAGUUCGACAUAUAACUGCUGAAGAUUUCCUGGAAUUAUUGAAGGAAUGGGAAAAACUAUGCAAAUUAUAUGUGUUGAAUGAUACUGAUAGAGGGCUUGAAACCAGUUCCAAUCGUACAAAGAAAUCCAUAAUCAGAGAAUCUUCUCUAUUGGAUGCUGAGGUUGCUCCUGGGGAGUAUGAAGUUUCAAGUCUUGUUGAUAUAUGUUAUGGAGAUCCCAGCAGUACAGGAAAGCAUGGGUUAAAGUUUAAGGUGCGAUGGAAGGGCUACAGUCCAAGUGAAGAUACGUGGGAGCUAAUUCAAGACUUGAGUGAUUGCCAAGGCCACAUAAAAGAUUUUGUUAGAAGUGGAUACAUGUCCAAGAUAUUGCCACGCCCAGGUGAAGUAGAUGUUAUCUGUGGUGGCCCUCCAUGCCAAGGGAUCAGUGGCUAUAAUCGAUUCAGAAACACUGAUGAUCCAUUGACUGAUGAAAGGAAUCAGCAAAUAAUUGUCUUCUUUGACAUUGUGAACUUCUUAAAGCCUAAGUAUGCAUUGAUGGAAAAUGUCGCUGACAUCUUAAGAUAUGACAAAGCUUCGCUUGGAAGAUAUGCUAUAAGUCGUUUGGUUCAUAUGAAUUACCAAUCAAGACUGGGGAUUAUGGCUGCAGGCUCAUAUGGUCUUCCACAAUUUAGGUUACGUGUUUUUCUAUGGGGUGCUCUUUCAAGUGAGACGCUACCUCAAUUUCCACUUCCCACACAUGAAGUUAUUGUCAGAUACUUCCCUUCAGCUGAGUUUGAGCAAAAUACAGUUGCUUAUGAUGAAGGGCAACCUAGAGAACUUAAAGAAGCCACUGUUCUUCGUGAUGCCAUCUCUGAUCUUCCAGCUGUUACAAGCCAUGAGGAUCGUGAAGAGAUGGCAUAUGACAUGCCUCCAGAAACAGAGUUUCAGAAGUAUAUAAGAUUAACAAAAGAUGAAAUUAAUGGUUCUACCCUAAAAGGGGUUACAGACUGGAGAAGCUCUGUUCUUACAGAUCAUCGACCUUACAAAUUGUCAGAAGAUGAUUUUCAUCGAGUGUGUCAUGUACCACGCAGAAAGGGAGCAAAUUUCAGAGACUUCCCUGGAUUAGUUGUGGGUGCUGAUAAUUUGGUUCGCCGAGAUCCAACAAAGGAACCGGUGUUGCUUCCAUCCGGAAGGCCAUUGGUGCCAGAUUAUGUGUUCACUUUUGAAAAAGGAAAAUCUAAAAGGCCAUUUUCAAGGAUAUGGUGGGAUGAAAACGUGCCAACUGUUGUAACGUUCCCAAAUCUUCACAGCCAGAGAGCAAUACAUCCAGAGCAGGACAGAGUUCUUACGAUACGAGAGUAUGCAAGAUUGCAGGGCUUUCCUGAUCAUUAUAGAUUUUGUGGCACUGUUAAAGAAAGAUACUGUCAGGUGGGAAAUGCUGUGGCUGUUUUUGUUUCGAAAACCUUGGGAUAUGCCCUUGGAAUGGCCUUCCAGAAACUGAGCGGAGAUGAGGCACUAAUGACUCUGCCACCCGAUUUCGCGUUCCAAGUGCCCCCACUCGAUCAAUUUUCUGCUCAGCUGUAGAACCAUGCAUCUACGCAUUAUGACUCGUCAUUUCGGUGGUUGUAGCCUAAUAAACAGAAAUAGCAUCCUGUUGUUGACACUUGAUACAGCUUCUUUAAUUAACAACAGACCUCUAUGGUCUCUUUUUAUAAAGUUUAGGUAUGUACAAGUAUAAUUUGAUGUCUGAUGUGUUACUAAUAUGGGAUGAAUUUUGCAUCAUCAUGUUGUUAAUUAAAUGUAU